AUGCUGGAAAAAGUGCUUACAAAGCUUGACCCUCUCUCCAUUGAUAAAGUGAAAGUUGUCAACAGGAAUCUAAACGCCCAUCUUGAAGCGAAUGCCUCGAAAUUACAGAGACAAUGGUCUGAUCUCGAAAUUGUUGCCCAGGAUGCUGGAGAUAUUGAAGUGCAAGUUGAUUGGGGAUGGCCGAAGAAGACGAGAAAUUUCCUCUUUUCGAUACAUAGCCAGACAGUGGCCACAGCCAAUGAUAUUGCCGAAUAUUUAAAUGAUGGCGGAAGCGGAAAUGAUGAUUGGAAAAUGGACAUGUUCCCAAUCCUAUUGGAGAUGAUUUUGCGGAAAUAUUUCCUCCGAAAUGUGACACUUGAUGAGAUGCCUGAAUGGUAUAUGGACAUUGUAACGAAUGUAUUGAAGGAAGCACCGGCUCAGAAGCAGCAAGGGCCCACCCGUCUUACGGUAGAAGCACGCAGCCUACCUGAAAAAUCGCUUUUGGAACUGUAUAAACAAUUGAGGCCGAGCUCAAUGGAUGUUACGUUUGAUGACUGUUUUUCGAGUGAUUGGAUGGAUAUUCGUGGAUAUUUGCAAUUGGAAACCUGUCGAGAUGCUGAAAGGAUCGCCCUUCAUGGGAAAGUAAGACGGAUGGAAGAUGCGGACGAAUUAUUCCGAGAAUUGGAUGCGGCAAGGAACCAAGAGGGAAACAAAUUGGUGUUGACGAACAGUGGAAUGAAUAUUACUCCCCAGACGGCAACCCAAUAUAUUCAAGAAACAAUUGCGCUGAAGAACACCAAAUUCUUCGGGACGUUCAAGGUUAACGGCGAACUCGACAGGGCCAUUUUUAACGAUCUUGGCAUUUGGAAAAACAAAAUCAGCUACAAUGACGGUGAGCUGAAAGUGUACCCU